UAUUUCUAUAUAAAAUGAUCAUUAAUAUUUCUAUACAGACCUUGUUACGAAAGUCUGUUAAAAUAUCCAAAGGGAUAGCGAGUAUUGCUCGAAAUGAAGUUAAACGAUAUAUUGGAAAUCAGUGUCGUUAUAUUCAUGAGUGGGCGCCAGAUGCCGAAUAUAUGAAGACAAUUUCAAAACCGCACGCUUUGCCGGUUGAUACUGUAAAAUGGGAAUAUCCAUGGGAAUUACCUGAUGAUGACGAUGAUGAUGAUGAUCCAGAAAAAAACAUAGAAAAUGUGCGCAUUAAUAUGGGUCCGCAACAUCCUUCUGCUCACGGAGUUUUACGUUUGAUAUUGGAACUGGAGGGUGAACUUGUUAAAAAAGCUGAUCCACAUAUUGGACUUUUGCAUCGUGGUACGGAGAAACUAAUAGAACAUAAAACAUACGUGCAAGCUUUACCUUAUUUUGAUCGUUUGGAUUACAUUUCAAUGAUGUGCAAUGAAGAAUGUUAUAGUUUAGCUAUCGAAAAAUUGUUAAAUAUAGAUAUACCUUUACGUGCCAAAUAUAUUCGAGUGCUUUUUGGAGAAAUAACGCGAAUUUUUAGUCAUAUUAUGUCUAUCUCAACACACGUAUUGGAUAUAGGUGCAAUAACUCCUCUUUUCUGGUUAUUUGAAGAACGUGAAAGAAUAAUGGAAUUUUUUGAAAGAGUGAGCGGUGCACGUAUGUUUGCAGCUUACGUGCGCCCUGGAGGUGUAGCUUUUGAUUUACCUUUGGGUUUAUUAGAUGAUAUUUAUCAAUGGGCUAGUAUUUAUUCUGAAAGACUUGACGAAAUAGAAGAUUUAUUGACCGAAAAUCCGAUUUUUAUUCAACGCAUGAAGGAUAUUGGUACUAUAACAGCUCAAGAAGCACUAAAUUCUGGAUGCACUGGAGUAAUGUUACGUGGAUCUGGUAUUGAAUGGGAUUUGAGAAAAAUUGUACCAUAUGAUGCAUAUCAUUUAGUUGACUUUGACGUACCUGUGGGUAUAAAUGGAGAUUGUUAUGAUAGAUAUCUCAUUCGUAUUGAAGAAAUGCGUCAGUCUCUUAGAAUAAUUGACCAAUGCCUAAAUCAAAUGCCAUGUGGCGAGGUGAAAUGCGAUGAUGUCAAAAUUGUACCACCAAAGAAAAAAGAAAUGAAAAUUGAUAUGGAAGCGCUUAUCCAUCAUUUCAAAUUAUUUUCACAAGGUUUUCAAGUACCACCAGGUGCUACAUACACAUCUAUUGAAGCACCAAAGGGUGAAUUUGGAGUUUAUCUUGUUAGCGAUGGUAGCUCUAGACCAUAUCGAUGUAGACUUAGAUCUCCUGGUUUUGCUCAUCUAGCAACUUUGAGAUUUCUUGGACCUGGUUAUUUGCUGGCAGAUAUUGUUGCUAUUCUGGGUACAUUAGAUAUAGUAUUUGGUGACAUAGAUAGAUGAUCUUGCUAACAGAAUGAUAAUAAGUAAGUAAUUUUAUUAUAUUCUUAUGUUAUUGUUAUGGAAUAUAUUCUAUCUACCAUU